CUUCUGUCUGUUCUAGAGCAAGAAUAAAGCUUUCUUUUCUCCUUGUAGUGUUACUGCAGCCCAGCGCCCUCUUUUCAGGCUAUCGCGCAUUUCCUUUCGCUUAUUGUGCUUCCCGACUCUCAGAUCCCUCUCUACUCGUCUCGGCGCUGAAUCUUAUUGCAUCGCGCUCUAGCUCACCCAUCAUGGACUCGGUGGCCGGCAUGGCGCUAGCCAUCAACUCAGACCUAUACUGGACGCGCUUCGAUGCAGCAAACUCAUGUUUCGAGGAUGAGUCUGCGGACUUGCUGCCCAUCCAUAUCCUCGAUGUGCCGGCCCACCCUCAGUCGCCAUCUGCCCACGGUCAUAUGCAGCCGCAGGCGCCGCAGCAGUUCUCAGCCUUGAAGACUCUAGGCGAAUUUUUGGCCGGUCCGAAUAAGGGAGUCUGGAAGUAUCGAUUAAUAUCCAUGUGCCAAGAGAACUCUUGGUCAAAACUGCAAAUAACAAGGCCGAUGCUCAGGAGAAUAGUACAGCACCAUGAGAUAGCUCCUGACUUCCUUGAGGUGCCAUUAUCAUUUUUCGAUCGCUCGACAGAUGAAGAGCAAUCCUUCUGCGUUCCAUGGACAUUAAGAGAAGGUGGAGAUUAUUUCGAGAUGUUUUACACCUUUCGCUAUGCUGAGUACAAGGGACAUCCCAAUGAGCCCUAUGUCAUCCGGCAAACCGGUGUCUAUCAAAAAUUCCACCUCAAGGAAAAGACCUGCCUGUGGAUCCUCGUAAACCCAGUGCCAGACUCUGCAGCACAUCGCCGGGUAGUCGAUGCUUUCCUUAACUACCAGAAAGAAAUGGAGCAAAACCCACUGUGGUUGCACUGCGUGGUACUGGCAUCUUAUUUCCCGCGCUGGCGUGAAUAUCUGGCGGCAUAUGAAAAGAGAUUGCUGCCACUGGCCGACACCACAGCAGCAGCGUUCAUCGCGGAGCCGCUGCGAGUCAACCAUGAGACACUCAGCAAGUUACGCUCUUUGGAAAGCCACUUCAUGCCUACUCCAGCAAUUCUCCAGAGCUUUUUAGACACCCUGUCUGAGCUUGGCUCGUUUUCAGAAAAGCUUCUUGCACACAAUUGCAUCCAUGCGAAUGAGGUCCGACUUUUCGCCAUCUUGGUUAGUAAAUAUCGCAGACACGCGUUGACAUUCAUUCGCACAGCUAAAUUCCUCCAACAACGUAGCAACAACACCGCGACUCUGGUCUCCGACACUGUCGCUUUCAAAAAUCAAGGGGUCGCCCAAGAGCAGAAUGGAAACAUGCUUCUUCUGACGCGCUCUGCCGUCUUUCUCACAGUCCUCACCCUCUUCUAUCUUCCUUGGACAUUUAUGACUGGCUUGUUUGGGAUGAACUUCUUCAUGAUGGACCAAAAUACGUACAGGUUCGUGACGUCGCCGAAAUUAUGGGUGUAUUUUGUGUCGGCCGUGGUACUCACUGCCUGCACGAUGCUGCUGUAUUAUGUGAUAUCCGGAUUUCCGCAGCUGCGGAAGGGGCGACAGAGUGGUGGCGAUGGUGGGAUUGGCCUGAGACAGGGUUUGCAACGGGGCUUUACUGAUCCAGAGAAGAGUGGUGGAGAUGGUAAAAAGUGGUCUUAGACAGAUGUUUCAUUUCAAUCAGGAUUGAGCGGAACUUCUAAAAUUCGAAUCGUGCGACCAUUGAUAUCUGCAACCAAAGCCCGGGGUGCUGCUUGUGCAUCUGAGGGAUAGUACAGCGACGCAGCGAACUUGCUCUGAUGAGUCAUGCC